CGUUGGAGUUAUUGGUUGGCGGUUGGCGUGCGUUAAGUGCGUCUACCGAACUCGACCACGAUAUCAACCGCGCGCUUCGCGUAGCUCUUGCUGUUUCUGUGUUCUGAUUAUUCGUGUGGCAAAUGUGCACCAUGUUAAUCUUGUGGCCAGCGUGAACAUAUGAUUCCUGGAACUCGAGUGGUGCUCAUCAGCUCGGUGAAACGGGCCAAGUGUUUGAAACCAGCCGCCUAGCUCUGUGGAACGAUGAGUGACGAGUUUCAGCAUCAGUUGGAACUGGAGAAGGCGGAACAAGAACGCCAACAGUCUGGCGGUUCCGAUCUAUACACUUACGUAGACCCCAAUGAUGGCACUGUUUACGAGUGGGACCACGAGAAACACGCUUGGUUUCCUAAGCUGACAGAGGAUUUUCUGGCUGCGUAUCAAGCAAACUAUGGCACGGCUGAGGGGACACCUUCCGAAGGAGCCAGUAGCGCCAGUGGCUCGAGCCAGGUGGCUGCCAUGCCAGAGAAGACGGCUCCCGCUUUAGAGAAUCGCGCAGAGGAUCCUUCGAAAAAGGCAGCCAAGGGAAAGCAAAGUGAACAAGGCUGGUUCGAGAUUGAUGACGCCCACAACACCCGGGUGUACGUGAGCAAUCUGCCGGAUGACAUUGACGAGGAAGAGUUCUUUGAGCUGAUGAGCAAGUGUGGCCUGGUGAUGAAGGACGAGAAGGGCCAGUUCAAGAUCAAGCUGUACCGCACGGCUGACGGCCAUCUCAAGGGAGACGCCCUGUGCUGCUAUAUUAAGGUGGAGUCUGUAGAGCUGGCACUCCGCAUCCUGGAUGGGUACCGCCUGCGAGACAAAGAGAUUCGUGUGGAGCGGGCCCGUUUCCAGCUGAAGGGUACGUACGACCCGACGAAGAAGCCCAAGAAGAAGAAGCAGGCCUCCAAGGACAAGGAGCGGCUUAAGAAGAAGAUCGAGAAGCUGUUUGACUGGCGGCCAGAGAAGCUGCGGGGCAUGCGAGACAAGCACGAGUGCACCGUGGUGCUCAAGAACAUGUUUGACACAAAGGAGUUCGAGAGUGACCCUACCUUGAUUCUGGAGUACCAAAAGGACCUUCGUGAAGAGUGCGGCCAGUUCGGAGAGGUCAAGAAGGUGGUCGUAUAUGAUCGGCAUCCUGAGGGCGUCGCCACGGUGACCUUCAAGGAGCCUGAGGAGGCAGAUGCCUGCAUCGGCAGAAUGAACGGCCGAUGGUUUGCCCAGCGCCAGUUGUCGGCAGAGACCUGGGAUGGUCGAACACGCUACAAGAUUUUUGAAACGGAAGAGGAACUUGAGGAACGACUGAAAAAGUGGGACGACUUCUUAGAAGCCGAUGACGACGAAAAAGCCAAAAGCAGCUCUUCAGACCCAUCAGCCGUUCCAUCGACGUCCGCGCCAAAGAGAGAGGCAGAAGACAGCAUAGAGGCUGAAAAUGGUGCCAGCGCACAAAAGAGGCCUAAGACAACAGAAGAAGCAGAUUGAAUGCACUUCAGAUGGACUAGCUUAAUUUUUUUUAUUUGUACAUAUAUUGAGGGUUGCUGUUUGGCUGUUAGUAAAGAAACGAGAGAGCACUUGUUUUCUUUUCUAGGUCAGACAUGUUGACUAUAUAAUGAGCAUGCUCUGGCUUAAAUGGUGGAAAAAGCUUGGUUUCUAGUGAGACUGAGCUAUAAA